GUGGAGAUCAGGGAGGGGCGGGCGGCAGGUGCUGUCACCCUAGAGGCGCCAGCGGACGCGCGUUCCUCAGACAGCUAACACUGCCCGCUGGCCCGACUCAGCUGCACAGUCCCCUCCGGGACGCAAGGGGCGCUGCAGCUACGCUGGGCCAGAUUCCGCUACCUUCUUACUAUACCUGCGGGGGACUCGGCUACGCUCAGAGAAGCCAUGGCCAUGGCUUUACCGCUUCGCUUCCUCUGCAGAACGCGACCGGUGCCGCGCUUCCUACAAACUGUGCGGCAGUGGGGUCCACGGCGUGGGUACCGAUUGUCGCCAGCGGAUGAUGAAUUGUAUCAGCGGACUCACAUUUCUCUGCUGCAGCGCGAGUUCCCACACGCCAUGUACAUCGACAGCUACAACAGCCGAGGCUUCACUAUCAACGGAAAUCGAGUGCUUGGUCCUUGCGCGCUGCUCCCGCACUCGGUGGUACAAUGGAACGUGGGAUCCUACCAGGACAUCACGGAAGAAAGCUUCUCCCUCUUCUGGAUGCUGGAGCCCAGAAUAGAGAUUGUUGUGGUGGGCACUGGAAACAGGACUGAACGGCUACACUCUAAGGUUCUGCAAGCCAUAAGGCGGAGGGGCAUUGCUGUCGAAGUGCAAGACACGCCGGGUGCCUGUGCCACAUUCAACUUCCUGUGUCAUGAAGGCCGAGUGGCAGGAGCUGUUCUCAUCCCCCCACCUGGAGAGACUUCACUCACAUAUAUGGGCCAAGACAAAGAAUGAACCACCAGGAAGUGAUCAGCUGACCAGGAGGGCAUUCACAUUUUAUAAAGUGCUGAUGUUCCCAUUGUGUUCACUAUCCUCUCCUUUGGCACUUUAACACUUUAAUGCUUGACAGGAAAAUAAUUUAUGUGCUUCUCCCA